AUGCCCAGCCCAGCCGUGGUCCUGAGUGGCCCGGCCCCUGAGCUACGGGCAGGGGACACCGGCAGGGCCCCCAACUUGCGCCCCAUUUCCGGAAACAGGGUCCGGCAUGCGUCCCUUAACAUCAAGGACAAGAUUUCAGAGUGGGAAGGCAAAAGGGAGCCAUCCGCCCCCGGUAUGGGCAGGAAAGUGGACGGACAUGAGACGGACACCGCAGCCGGCAUUCUGGAGCGAAGGAGGGGCAGUGAUGGGAUGAGGAUGUGGACCCCUGAGCCCCAGGCCAGUGACCGGCCAGACAGAGAGAGCACAGAGCGUGUCUGGAGCCAAGGGUCAGGGAGAAAUGCAGGACCACCGGCAGCCCAGAGGCCAGGUGGGGGCCCCGGCAUGCAGCAGUACUCGAAGGACAACCUGUCGGUGCUGAGGCAGGUCAGGAGGCUAGAGCAGGCCUUGAAGGAUGGCUCAGCGGGGCUGGACCCCCAGCUCCCCGGGACCUGCUACUCCCCGCACUGCCUGCCCGAUAAGGCAGAUGAGUCCAGUCGUCCAGAAAGCCGCACAGGUGCUUGGGAGCGUAUCAGACCCUGGGACCAGAGCCUGGAGAGCGUGUAUGGAGCCUAUGAGGGAUCUCCCCCGAGGUCCUUCAUCAACCCCCUGCCCAAGCCCCGGAGAACGUUCAAACACGAGGGAGAAGGGGACAGGGUCCAGGGAGAAGGGAACAGGGCAGGGCCACCAGGCCACAGCACACUGAGAGAGAAGAGAAGCCUGCCUCCCCUGCCCUCCUGUGCACCCCCACCCCUGCCUUCUUCACCACCCCCGCCCUUAGUGAACAGAAGAGUCUGGAACGGGAGGCAGAGGCCCAGUGCUGACCACAGGAAGUCCUACGAGUUUGAAGACUUGCUGCAGUCGUCCUUGGAGAAUUGCAGGGUGGACUGGUAUGCGCAGACGAAGCUGGGGCUCAGCCGCACUCUCUCAGAGGAGAACGUCUAUGAAGACAUCCUCGACCUGCCAAUGAAGGAAAACCCGUACGAGGACAUCGAGCCACACGGCCGCUGCUUGGGGAAGAAGUGUGUCUUGAACUUUCCGGGCUCCCCUGCCUUAUCCAUCCCUGAGACACCCACCAAGCAGUCCUUGUCCAAGCCAGUUUUCUUCCGGCACAACUCUGAGAGGAGGAACUUCAAGGUGUUGGACACGCGGAAGCCGAGUCGGGACGGGACUGUGUCCCCUUCCAGGGUCAGCCCCCCUUCCACUCCCAGCAGCCCUGACGACACUUUCUUCAACCUUGGGGACCCGCAGAAUGGACGGAGAAAGAAGAAGAUACCCAAGCUGGUGCUCCGCAUCAACGCCAUCUAUGAGGCCCGGCGAGGGAAGAAGCGGGUGAAGAGGCUAUCCCAGUCAGCGGAGAGCAGCUCUGGGAAAGUGACAGAUGACAAUAGUGAGUCCGACAGUGACGCCGAGGAAAAGCUGGAAGCUCACAGCCAGCGGCUGGUCAAUGUGCGGGCCCGCCUGAAGCAGGCCCCGCGGUGCCCCCCGCCGGACCGGGACCUGCUAGAGUACCAGGAACGGCAACUCUUCGAGUACUUUGUGGUCGUGUCGCUGCACAAGAAGCAGGCGGGGGCCAACUAUGUGCCGGAGCUCACGCAGCAGUUCCCCCUGAAGCUGGAGAGGUCCUUUAAGUUCAUGCGUGAGGCAGAGGACCAGCUGAAAGCCAUCCCUCAGUUCUGCUUCCCUGAUGCCAAGGACUGGGCUCCCGUGCAGCAGUUCACCAGUGAGACCUUCUCAUUUGUCUUAACUGGAGAAGAUGGAAGCCGGAGGUUUGGAUACUGUCGGAGGCUGCUGCCUGGAGGUAAAGGGAAGCGCCUACCGGAGGUUUACUGCAUCGUCAGCCGCCUGGGCUGCUUCAGUCUCUUCUCCAAGAUCUUGGACGAGGUAGAGAAACGACGCGGCAUCUCUCCUGCCCUGGUUCAGCCCCUCAUGAGGAGCGUGUUGGAAGCACCGUUCCCAGCUCUAGGCAAAACCAUUGUGGUCAAGAACUUCCUGCCAGGAUCAGGGACAGAGGUCAUUGAGCUGUGUCGCCCGCUGGACUCUCGCCUUGAACACGUGGACUUUGAGUCUCUCUUCUCAUCGCUCAGCGUCCGGCACCUGGUCUGUGUCUUCGCCUCCCUGCUUCUGGAAAGAAGGGUCAUCUUUGUUGCAGACAAGCUCAGCACCCUCUCCACGUGCUGCCACGCUGUGGUGGCGCUCACCUACCCCUUCACCUGGCAGCACACCUACGUGCCCGUGCUUCCGCCCUCCAUGAUUGACAUUGUGUGCUCGCCCACCCCCUUCCUCAUCGGGCUGCUUGCCAGCACGCUGCCGCUGCUCCAUGAGCUGCCUCUGGAAGAGGUGCUUGUGGUCGACCUAGACAACAACCGGUUCCUCAGGCAGGUGGACGAUGAGGACUGCAUUCUACCCCGCAAGCUGCAGGCAGCCCUGGAACACGUUCUGGAGCAGAGGAGCGAGUUGGCCCGAGAGCCCGAGGAGGGGCCUGCCGACCGCAGGUCCGGCCCCGAGUCCAGUCCCCUGAACGCGGUGGUGUCCGAGGCUUUCGUGCGCUUCUUCGUGGAGAUCGUGGGCCACUACUCACUCUUCCUGACGCCGGGCGAGCGCGAGGAGCGGACGCUGCAGCGGGAGGCCUUCCGCAAGGCCGUGUCCUCCCGGAGCCUGCGCCGCUUCCUCGAGGUCUUCAUGGAGACCCAGACCUUCCGCAGCUUCGUGCAGGAACGGGUGCUACGCCGCCAAGACGUUAAGGGUCUGUUUGAGGUCCGAGCCCAGGAGUACCUGGAAACCCUGCCUAGCAGUGAACACAGUGGUGUCAAUCGGUUUCUGAAGGGACUAGGCAACAAAAUGAAGUUUCUCCACAAGAAAUAG